GCGGUCGUUCAGGGCGUGGGAGAUUGCGAAUAAAUGUGGAAAGUCCUCUCGCUUCGCGGUGGGUUCGCGUGUCGAAAUCCGGCUUCGGGAAGUCACGGCACCGAAUGCCCACAACGGCGGCUGACUGGCAGUCAUUCUGACGGGAUCGGCCGAGCGGCCUGCUAGCAACGACUGGUCGUCCGACGAACGAUCGCGACCACCCGAUGGAGGAACAGGAAGAGGAAGACGAGGACGACGAUGAGGAAGAAGAAGAAGAAAAUGACGAGGACGAAGAAGAAGGAAGAGAGCAGGAAGAUGAAGAAACUGAGGCCCAAGAUGGCGAUGAUGCCGAAAACUGAGAAGAAGAUGGGGAAAACCGACCUCUCAGUCGACAUGACCGCCGGAGGAGCGCCGGAUCACCGGCAUCAACCGAGCAAGCAGGACAGCGCAGCGAGGAUGCAUGGGCGAAAGCUAUGGCGUCCAUUCCUUCUACCGGUCACGGUUCAGGUUAAGUACCAGAUCCAGAAUGGGACCGAACCGAGGACACGACCAGUAUCGCUGGCUGAAGCCACGCCGCCUCCUUCCGCCUUUCCCCGCCUAACUAAAGGGCGAUGCUUUCUAAGUCUCCCGUCGUGCGAUCAAAGCGCGGACCGCAGCGGCCGCAGCGGCGGGGAAGAUGAAAGCAGGUUCUAUGCCGCCGGAGGCGGGAGACAUAACGAAAAAACGGAAAUGGCGAUGGGCGGACAAUGGUGUUUGUCUGGCGUUUGCGCGGGAGGUUCAGGCACGUAGGACUCCGGCGAGGACGAGGACGAGACUGGUCCUCUCAAGCCAAAGCCGCGCUCAGGCCAAAAGCCGC